CUCAAUGAAACGCAUGAAGAAGUUACAGGGUCUGGUAGCUGCUACAAUCACUCCAAUGACUCCUGAUGGACAAAUUAACCUCCCAGUGAUCCGUCAGUACGUGGAUUAUCUGAUAAAGGAGCAGAAUGUGAAGAAUGUCUUUGUGAAUGGCACGACAGGAGAGGGCCUGUCCCUUAGCAUCCAGGAGAGGAAGCAGCUGGCAGAAGAAUGGAUGUGCCAAGGAAAAGACAAAUUGGACCAUGUGAUCAUUCACGUGGGAGCACUGAGCCUGCCAGAGUCCCAGGAGCUGGCAAGACAUGCAGCAGCCAUAGGUGCUAAUGGCAUUGCUGUCAUAGCCCCUUUCUUCUUCAAGCCCACAAACAAAGAUGAGCUGGUUGCUUUCCUGCAGAAGGUUGCAGCUGAAGCCCCUGCAGUUCCCUUUUAUUACUACCACAUUCCUCCUCUGACAGGUGUGAAGAUACGUGUGGAAGAGCUGCUGGAGGGGAUAAAAACACGGAUCCCAACCUUCCAGGGCGUGAAGUUCAGCGACACAGACCUCCUGGACCUUGCACAGUGCAUCAGCAAGAAUGAAACAGAGCAGCUGGAAUUCCUUUAUGGGGUGGAUGAGCAACUGUUGGGUGCACUGGCAAUAGGGGCAGAUGGAGCAGUUGGAAGUACAUACAACUAUUUGGGCCGAAAAACCAAUCUGAUGCUGCAAGCCUUUGCAAAGCCAGACCUUGCCUUGGCACAGAAGUAUCAGUUUCUCACUGGAGAAUUCCUCAACUUUGUCAUCAAACUGGGUUUUGGUGUUGCACAAACUAAAGCUGUGAUGACUUUUGUUUCUGGCAUUCCCAUGGGACCGCCACGGCUUCCGCUCGUUGAUGCCUCCGAGGAGUUCAUCAUCAAGGCCAAAGCCAAACUGGACAGCAUUGUGUGGCCUGAUGGUGACUGA